AGGCUUGUGGGUAGAAAAAAAAAAGGCUAAUGGCCUCUUCCCCCAUACCUCAAUCUGUGUGCCAUCUAUGGGGUUUCCAGGAUAUCCAGCUAUAUACUUUCAGAGUUAUCAGCUAUUUGUCCUAAAGAGAAAAUUAUACUUGUGCAUCUUUGGGGGUGGGGAGGUCUGAGGACUAGAUGGGUCAAGCUGAUUUUCUUUGGUUUAGUUUCAUUCUUCAUCCAUCCCCUGCCUGCAACCCCCAGUCAGGAAAUUUACAAGCUUAGAAAGUUUGAUCAACCAUAGGAAUUUUGGCAGGUCUAUUUGACCCGAGGUUAGAAUCCACGGGCUGGUACUACUGUGGGACUGCAAUCCUUUAGCCAAAAUUUUGGAUCCAAAACACUUUAGGACCAGAAGUUUUCUCAUAAGACUAAUGCAAAUGAACUCAUUUGGAGGAAGACCCUGAACUGCCAUGAGGCUACUUAAUGUCUUUAUUGAUCAUAUUUGGGAUGACUAGUCACACAUUUUUCUGAGGAAAUAUCGAUGUGUUUGAUUAUGUGGUGCUGCCCUGGACUUCACUAAGGAUUUUACAUAAUAUUCAAUAGACACAUUAUAUUACCUUGUUAAAAACAUGAAAAAUUCAGAAUUCUGAAAAACAUCUGACCCCAGGGAUUUCAGAUAAUACAUUGUAGAUCUGCAUUUCCAAACAAGCUCUCAAGUCUUCUUUGUCCACAGCCCAGCUUCUUCCUGUCAUUCAUUAGCUGGGUCAUCUGUGGGGGCAGAAGAACCUGGCUAAGACUCAGAUGCCUCAGGGCCCCAGGGGGGACUCAGAACCAUGGACAGCGGCACAUCCCAAUGUUGCUGCCAAAUAAAUUUGCUAACCUCUUAGACUCAGUUUUCCUACGUAUAGAGAGAGAUUGGCACAAUGCAGCUCGCCUGAGAAAUGUGGCCAUUUUUUUUUCUAACAGUAAAACAAGGUAUGGGGUUGGGGGACAGUUGAUAUGGUCUGGGCAGAGAAAAUAAAUGUGUUUCUUAUCUUUUUCCUCCAGCUGGUUCCAGGCUCUUUUCCUUUGACAUUAUUAAAAGCCUGGCAGGUACUUUGAAUGUUUGUUUCCAUCAAGUUUCCCUUGCCUUUCUAGUCUGCAAAUAUUUCUGGCUGUUUUCCUUUCCUGAGUGUUCUGUGUUGCCUAGCCACCAGAUUUUCCCAACCUUACCUGCCCAGCAACUAGGUAACUAGGCAGAGACUUUGCUAGGAGUGGACAGAAAGUUCCCAGUGGACUUUGCCAGGUCCCGUAAUUCUAAUAAAAAGGAAGUGAAUAAGCCACAUGUUCCCAUUGUUACUCAUGCUCAGAUUAUCGUUAGGUCCUUUAGGAGAAAAGGAGGGGAACAGUGAGGUGGCUUCCAUUACUGCUAAAUGAGGUCAUAUCUAGCCUCAAUGAAAUUGAGACCACUGUGACUAAAAAACAAUGCCUCAAAUGGUGACAUAAAGUCACACUAUGGUAGAGCUGCAAGGGACCUUAGAGCUUAUCUGCUGGAGGCAGCAGAAGCAGAACGGUCGCUUUUCUUUAUUCAGCACAUAUCUAUUAAGUGUUGGCUUGUGUCAGACACAAACUAGGAACAGGGAUGGAAAUACACCCCAUCCUCUUCCCCAAAGCUUAGAGUUAGAGAUGGGAGUGAGAGGCAGGUAAGAUUUAUUUUUUUUUUAAUUUUUUUUUUAAUGUGUAUUUAUUUUUGAGACAGAGAGACAGAGCAUGAACGGGGGAGGGUCAGAGAGAGGGAGACACAGAAUCUGAAAGAGGCUCCAGGCUCUGAGCUGUCAGCACAGAGCCCGACGCGGGGCUCGAACUCACGGACCGCGAGAUCAUGACCUGAGCCGAAGUCGGCUGCUUAACCGACCGAGCCACCCAGGCGCCCCGAGACAGGUUAAUAUUAAAACUCAGAGCUUGGGAACCUAGGACCUCCAAAAUACUUCAAGAAACCCGAGGGCCGCCCAUCGCUCCUGGGGGAAUGGGGAAGUAGGGUAAGGAGAAGGACUGAGAAAGGGAGCUCGGCUCCAGGAAUCAGAGAGACCUUUCCAGCUGUGCGCCCCUCGCUCCGCCGCCUCCUUUGGGCUCCCCUGACUUCCCGCCCCGCCCCGCCCCGCCCCGCCCCGGAGCUGGGUCCGGAGUGCCUGGUGGGCUGAUUCCCGAGCGUGGAAGGGAGACGGAGGGGAGAAAGAGGCGGCGGCGGCGGCGGCAGCGGCGGCGGGAGGCAGGGAGGAGGGGAAUCCUCCUCUCUGCUCUCCCAAGUCGGCGCGGAGCCGCCUCGGGCCGGGCUAAGGGCUGCGUGGCGGCGGCGGGGCCGGACCAGGAUGCGGGGCUCCCGGGACCGCGCCGGGCGGGGCGGGCGGCGGCGCCGGGCGGCGGGCGGGAGCUGUCCGCGGUGCUGAAGCGGCGGCGGCGGCGGCGGCGGCGGCGGCGGCGGAGGCAGAGGCAGGGACCCGGGGCCGGGAGCAGAGGCGCCCUCCUGGGAGCUCCACCGCGGCCGCAAGGCGGGGGCGCCGUCGUUCACCGGCCCAUGCUGGGCCCCCGAGCCCCGCGGAGGAGGCGGGACCGUCCUCGGCGGGACAGAGUUGUUCUUCAUUAUCCUUUGGUGUCCACUCAGACUUACGAAUAAAGGAAGGUAUUGACUAGCAUAGGCAACUGGUACGGAUUUCCUCUGAAGUUGGGGCAGGUGUCUUCUCCGCCACCGUGAGCUCCGUGAAGACAGUGCAUCCUCCUCCCUCUCUCUGCUCCCUGCCUUUCUCACCUUCAUGUCCCCAGUAUCUGUACAGUGCCUGGUGGGGAGCUGAUGCUCAACCGAUAAGUGUGGACAGGAUAAAUGAAUGAACCAACUCUAUGAGGCCCUCUGAGGACAGCUCAGCUGGCCCAGGCUCCCCUCCCUGGAGCUGCCCCCAGAACCAUGGAGAGUCUGAGUGAACUGCAGAACCCUUUGCUGCCUCGGAGCCCCGCCCCCCUCCAUGGCCCUCACCCCUACCCCGAGGCUUCGCCCAGCUGGUCAUGCGAGGAGAAGCUCUACUGCUACCUCCUGGGUGGUGCUGGCUCUGCUCGCACCCAUCAGCUCCUGGACCCAGGAUCCCUGCAGCUGGCCGUGGAGGCCUGGUACAGGCCCACCUGCCUCCUGGGGAGGGACAAGGUCAAGGAAGCCAGGGCAAACAGCUGUGAGACCAGCUUCACAGAGAACAGGGAGCCCCAGGCGGGGCCCACGCUGCGGUCCACAGAACCUGGCCAAGCAGAAGAGGAUGUCACCAUCCAGACUGUGUCCUACGGGGUUCAAGAGGAGCAGCAGGGCCAGGAGAAUGACCAGGAGGAGGAGGAGGAGAGUGAUGUGACGUCGACAGACAGUGAAAGUGAAGACAACUUCGUGGCGCUGCCGCCCAGGGAUCACCUGGGCCUUACUAUCUUCUCCAUGCUCUGCUGUUUCUGGCCCCUGGGCAUCGCUGCCUUCUACUUCUCCCAGGGGACCAGCAAGGCCAUCUCCAAGGGAGACUUCCGCCUGGCCAGCACCACCUCCCGCAGGGCCCUCUUCUUGGCCACACUCUCCAUCGCCGUGGGCGCCGGUCUCUAUGUGGCCGUGGUGGUGGCUCUGGCAGCUUACAUGUCCCAGAAUGGCCAUGGCUAGUAGCCAGCAGGGCCUGGCAUCCUGGCUCCCCUGCUCCGCCUGAGGAGGCAGUGAGGCUUCGGGUUGCAGACUCUCUGGAGAGCCCCGGCCCCUGAAGACAACCCACGAUCCUGGCUUGUUGUGGGGAGGCCUCCCAGGCUGCAGCCUGCAGGGCUCCACUGUCACUUCUUCUUGUCCACAGCCCCCAGCCCCAGAGCAGAGUCUGGGACACCACCCUCUAGCCCAGGCUAUGUCAGGAAGCAAGAGAGAAUAGGGCUGCCCGUCAAGCCAUCUAGGCAGGACCUACCUCUGGCUUGAGGCCGGCCGGGAGCUCAGCCUAUUCUGCCCCCCGCCCCCCACCCCCGCGACAAAGGGUUACCUGCCCUGCCAGAAUCCCACUCCCCAACUCUGCCAGCCUCUCCACAGAGAAAAAGCAGGAGGUUACUGGGUGAUAAAAGGACACCUGGGGAUAGGGGACCCGACCCAGUUCUUUUGGCUAAUCGGAGUCUCCACACUGGGGACAACCUGAGCUUCCCCAGCUCCACUCUCUGGCCCCAUGAGGCCAAGACCCCCAGCCAACCCGGAGCGAAAUACAUAGAGACACAGGGACCCCUUGCUCUUUCCGGCUCUCUCCUGCGGGCUUGUAAGACACCAUAGAGUCUAGAUAGAGAAGAAGAGUCUCAGGCACGUAAGCUCUGCACCCAAGGCAGGGUCUUAGAGCUUCCUUGCGCAGGAACAAAAGACAGAUGUAAUGACAGAGGUCCUGCAAUAUUGCCAGACUACUUAGGCCUCCCUGCUCCACGCCAGGUCCUCACCUCCAUCACCCUUUUCUGGGCUCCUCCUGGGAGGUCUUGAGCUAAUACUAUCCCAGAGAGUGUCCUUAGCACACCAGUCACUGAGCACAGGGCCCUAGAUCCAGCCCUGUGGGAAAGCAGCAAGGAGAGACCCUGGGGAGUCAUGAGUGUAAACAAGGGGCAGGAUAGAGGACUGGCAUGGCU